CAUCCCUCCUUUUCUAAGCACGCGUCUUCGUUCAUUCUGCAUUGUGGAAAAACAAACAUAUUUGCACACUCACCGAAAGCUUGGUACACUAACCCGGCAGUUUCAAAAUUCAGUUGACCAUCGGGAAAUAACCGAAAGACCAGGACGACAUGUAACUACGGCUAAAUAAACUUCAGUCAAAGUUACUUUCUUAGCUCAACUAACAUGAGACGGGCAAAUUAGAUUAGAAAAUCACAUAUUUAAAUAUAUAUUUUCCGUACUUCCUGUUUAAAUCAAUUAGGUUUAAAGGAAACCUCAAGUACGAGCUCAAAAUUCAAAUUAUUAGUAAAACAUAAAGGCAGGUGAACGUCAAAGAACAGCAUAAAAUCUUACACCAUUCUGUUUAGUGAUUGACAAGUUAGUUUACGUGUGUUUAGGGCUCUAAUGCAUUCGAGCAAACAUUACUUUUUAUUAGUGGAGGCGGAAAGAUUUCUAAAUUACAUUUCCUUGUGAUAUCAUUAUUUUUAAGCAUUGUCAGAUUGCCAUUGACUUUCUGGCAGGCAGUUAAACGACGAUAAAACUGAAUCUAUUGUAGCUUGGAAUGUUUCGAAAAAUUAUGAACGGAAUGGUUACAACUGAACCCAAAAGCUAUCAAGUAAUACUUCACGUAAUCCUUGCUUCGGUGUUUGUUCCAUUCUCACUGGCUUUGACUCACUCCGACGUCCGUGCUUCGUCUUUGAUUGCCAUUCAAGAGAACUAUGCGUUGUUUGGGCACGUGAUAGCCAGUCACAUGACCAAAGGAAUUACAGUAUGCUCGCAGCUUUGUAUAUCCAAUGCAGACUGUCUCUCGUUCAACUUUAGACAAAACUCAGAUGUCGACGUUGAUGGUUUAUGUCAGCUUAAUAACCAGAGGUGCCAAAACAACCGAGAAGUAAAACCUACUCAAGCCCAAGGAUAUAUUUACGGAGAGUUCAUUGACGUUAAAAUUAAACAAUAUAUAUUUACGACACUGGGGGCAAAAGGUAUAGAUGGACCAACGGUAUCACAGCUCGUUGGCUACAAAGGCACCAAUCUGGAAGGAAAGGUAGACAUCUCCAAGGGAAAGCAACUCUGGAAGGUCCCUUUCACCGGGACCUAUACUAUAGAGGCCUUUGGUGCCUCCGGAGGUAAUGGAACGUGCCAAGGUUGUGUGGGAUGGAAACUUGGAGGACUGGGUGCGAGGAUAAAAGGAACUUUCUACUUCACCAAGGAAACAACGCUGGUCAUUGUCGUUGGCCAGCGGGGUCUCCCGGUCCUUACCUUCGAGCAACGGCCUGGCGGAGGGGGUGGAGGCACGUUUGUUACUUUUUACGACAGUAGGAAGAUUAUCAUUGCCGGAGGAGGAGGAGGAGGGGGACUGGCAAAGUCCGGGUAUGAGGACGGCGACCCGGGCCAAGCUACUGAAAAUGGCACACGCCACGGCGGGUUCAAUGGAAUUGGAGGAAUGCGAUAUAACCCACUGAAUAAGACGUUUGAUUCUGCAGAUAUCAAAGCGAGUUCGGGGGCAGGAUAUAAAGGGGAUGGUGACAGUCUUCAUGUCGGCGGGACCCCAGCGAGAAGUUUGCUUUCCGGUGCUACAGGAGGCUCCCAUGCUGCAGCAAAUGGAGGAUUUGGAGGGGGAGGCUUUGGUAUGACUCAUGGGGGUGGGGGUGGGGGAUAUUCGGGUGGUGGUGUCAUCGGUACUAAGACGUCAGGAGCCGCAGGGGGAGGGGGCUCGUUUAAUUCUGGUUCCUUUCAGGACAACGAAUCCGGGGUCAAUGAAGGGGAUGGAAAGGUAAUAAUCACAUUAAUUAAUUAAUUAAUUGAUUACUUGAUUAAUUAAAAUAAAUUAUUGCAAUAAUAAAAUGAUUAUUUAAUUUCCCAUAGACAAACCCAAAGCAAACCUAUUUCCAAAAAACGUUUUCACGUCUUUAGGAACAUACGGCGGUCAAAUUAGCUGUUGUUGGCAAACUCGUGUGAGCAUUUGAAUCGAAGGGAUUUGUUAAACCUGAUCUUAUCGCGAGAUAAGUACAAUUUAAAUCUGGGUAUUGAUUUGUCUUUUCAGUUGAAGAACUUGGUUGAUAAUAAAUGAUGACUGCAUUUCGUAACUGACUUUCCAAGCAAUAAUUUUUUGUCGUUAGUGAGUGUAUGUUUUUUGUUUCCAUUGGACUCUAGGAACGUAUCUAACUAAAGCCACUGUAACACAGUUGUCGUUCAGUCUUAAUUUCGUUUCAUUUUGAUGCAUUGUUAGCUUGUUCUUUUUGUUAUCAAAACAAAUGAUGCCGCAAAAAUCUGAACAUAAGACUGGCUGAUAUUUGUUUUUAAAAGGUCUACUUUUUGGGUAUACUUUACGAGAAUAGGGUGAGAGAGGGGGAGGUGAAGGAAAGGGACGAGUAAGGGAUAAUUAUUCUGGUUGAAGUUCGCAAUGGGGUCUUUUUUCAAAACUGUUUACACCAAAAAUAAAAAUAUCAACUCAAACGGCUACAUGUAACUAAAAAGUCAGUCGCAAAUUGAGUUUGAGAUUAAGCAAAUUGGGCGACUGACUGACUGGCUGGCUGGCUGGCAGACAGACUGACUGACUGACUGACUGACUGACUGACUAACUGACUGACUGACUGACUAACUGACUGACUGACUGGCUGGCUGACUGGCUGACUGACGGGUGGACGGGUGGACGGGCGAACUGACGGACGGACAGACGGAUUGAGGGACGGACUGACAGACGGACUGACUGAAGACUGAAGAACGUAAAGCAAAUACUUAGAGCGCAUACCAAUAACUGAACUUAAGGACUUUAUUUAAUGUUCAUAAACACAUAAAUGUAAUUCUUGAAAAAAAAGAACUUUUCAUGAAAUAUGAAGAUCGAUGAUAAGUAAAAAAGCAAAGAACUUAAGAAGAGCGUCAAGAAAAAGUUUCCCCGCAUGUCAGAUCUGAAUUUCAACACGUACUUUGCAUAGAACGCUUGGCCAGUUAAGAAAUACUCAUGAAAAGUUGAAUCUGUAGUUAAUAAGCAUAAAUUGUAAAUCGUUAUAUCAGUUGUAAACAGACAUACAAACAUACAAGAAUUUCUUCAAGAAGAAGAAAGGUAGUCACUGUUUGUAAAAAGGGAAGAGCGAUCUUUUAAUAGUUGAAGUAAGAAGACUUGCAAAUAAAUAAACAAUUUAACAGUU